CUUCGUUUUUGUAAUUAAUAAUAUGUUUUUUUUUCCCUAAACACACUUUUUACUGCUCUAUAUGAUACUAGUAAAAAUUAGUAAUAAUUUCCCCUUUGUUAAUUUAGUGGCUUCCACGGUCAAUCAUUUCCUUGUACUGAUUAAGCGAUUCCUGCCUCUGCAACCUCAUCUCCUCGUUAAACUUCUUUAUAAAUGCCUCCACUCGCUCCACUCGCUGAUUCAACUCGUCUUUACUCAGUGACGGUUCCUUUCUCAGUUUCAGUACUGAAGCCGGGGAGGAGCUUACUUGCGCCGGUGACAGCCGGAAAUUGGUCCGGUCCUUGUACGUUUCCAAUUUCUUCACCACCGGCGACGGCUCAGCCAGCGGAUCCACGUUCACCUGAUUCUCCCAUGUUUCCUUGAACGUCUCUGAUUUCUUCAGGUGC